GUCGCCGCCGCCGAGUGCUUGCCUAGACGUCGAAUCGCGCGCCACCAAAAGUGCAGUGUCAAAAGUGCGACAUCAUAAACACUACUCACACAUUCUAAAUCAUCGAAAUCAAUUAAUUCGGAUCCUAUUAUUAAUUAAGUUAGUAAUCGUCAUCAACUAGAUUAAUAUUUCUACACAAAUUAAUUAUUCUUUCCUAAUUUGCAUAUAUAAGAAGGUUGGGAGAGGAGGAUUUUGUAAAACGUGAAAAACAUUGGUGUGAUUCUCAUUCAUCUUCAGGACGUUCAUAGUUGAAGAAUUGUUGGAAAAACUGAGUUGUGUUGUGCUGUUAUACUGUGCGGUGAUCAUCCUAUCCAGGAUGCGGUGGCGGGGGUCAGUGAGGGCAGUAAUGGCGGCUCUGCUCGUGUCGGCGGCCAUAUUGGAUUGCGCGUCAGCUGACAUCAGCAGCAACACGACACACACACACAACGCAAAUGUCGACGAGACCGACAGUGAAGAGUCCAGAAAAGUGCUCGGAUCGAGCGUAGUGACGUCAGUGUCAGUGAUCAUGGACCACGGCAACGGCACAAAAUCGUUCUUCGGCGAAGCAGCCGACGACGGCGCGAUCGGCAGUCCGGCCGACCUGUUAGCGCCCGACCGAUACGAGUUCUACACAUUCGACGAGAGCGGCGACCUUGUCCGGCGACUCAUGACCUUGGACCAGAUCCAGGGCCUGAUCGCUGGCGGGGACACGGACGGCAUGGACGGCGAGGCUUCGGCUCCCACCUACUACCACGAAAUGCUACCAGCCGAGCCCGACAUCGAACCUUCCGACCUACAGGGUGUCCACAAAGUGGUCGCUAGUGUCCAAAACGUGCUCAAAAGUGAGCUAGAGUCUUCCAAAAACAAACUACCUAUGACGAAACCGUUGUCAGUGCUCAGCGUACCAGAUGCUGCAUCUUCAUGGAGUAUCCUACUACCAGGAGUGUUAAGUCCACUGUCUGACAACACACCCCACAGAAACCCCCCUCUACAAACUACAACAACAACAACCCCUGAACCCCAAACUGAAGCUCCCACUACUACAACCACAGAAAACCCAACCAUUAUUCAUUACUUGCCCAUACACAACAUCCCUCCCCCAAAGAAAACCACCUCCUCCACACACAAACCAUCUGUCAACAAAUGGUCGUCAAACAGCAAUAACACUAAUGGACCUACACCGACAACUCCCAAGUACCAAGAGUUGAAACGCACGACAACCUCCACUACCCCGGUAUCUUAUGUACCAUUGACAGAGUCCCAUAGUAAACCUGCGGGUCCAACAGCAGUGAAUCGACCUACUAAUACAGGGUCCACUUUCCAAUACACGACUACUCCAGCAUCCAGUGUUAAGGAUGCCACAAAAGUCACUGUUAAAACUACCAGUUCCCCUGUAGCUACAUCCCCUAGUUCGAUAACGUAUGUGCCUGUGUCAAUGACCAAACCUGAGAAACAGCCUGUUAGCAACCGUAUCACAGCUCCUAUUGAACGAUUGCCAGGGAAUCAAGACAGAUUUGAAACCAAGAAAAACUACACACAAUCUGCACCAAGCAGUUUACCACAAACUAAACCCACAGUCAAAACCACCACAUCUACAACUACUACGGAGAGAUACAGUCAAAGUUCGAUGGAGUACACAAAUAGUGCUGUAAGUGAUUACCAGAUGAUAUAUGAGGCGCUAGCACAACAAGCCACUGGUGGAAAUGUGGAGACGAAGUUAUCCAACGAUCAAAUAAUCCCUGAUGAAACAACACCAGUAACAACACAAUCACCCACCACUGAGAACGUGGACUUUAGUACCACUACAAUAACCCCAUCAACAGUGAAAUACGUCACAAUAAGAACAACCCAGAAACCCACCACACCACCACUCAAGACAACCAGUGUCAAGAAUAAUGUGAAGGACAACACUAAGUUUGUGUCAAAGACACCAGUUGGUUCAAAUUCUUCUGCAGCUAAAACUCCUUCAAAACUCACCAAACCAGUGAACAGUUCAAACGGGGGAAAUAAUGUGAAAACUAACAACCAACCUACAAGUGUUUCACCAGUUGCACAGAAGCCUACUAAUAAAAACAGUACCAAAAACACUUUUGGAACAUCAUCCACGAAGCCAAUCAGUAAACCAAUGAAUAAUGGCACAGAUAGAACUCCAACAACAGAAGAGAGUUCGAAGACACCUAGUGUUUCUAGCACAACAACUCGUAAACCACCUUUCCCUGCUUUGUCUCUCAUUAGGGAACCAGAUGCUGAACAAAUUGAUACUAAUAAGUUAAACUCGGAAAGCAACAAGCUGAAUACAAAUAAGAUUGUUUCAGAACAGAAGCCACAGAAAAUUAUCUCUCAAAAUUCAAGUUUGAUGAAUAAUGAUAAUGGUGGGAAAGUUCAGUCUACAGAGAAAGAUAAGAAUAGUUCUUCAAAUAUGGAUGUGAGUUCUGAGAGACCAAUCGAGAAUAACACAACUGUGACAGAGAACACUAGUGAGACAGAAAAUAUGUCCACUGUAACUGAUAGUUUGGAGUCGACCACACAUUUGGUGUUGGACAAGGAGGGAGAGCUCUUGCAGGAAGGUAUUUCUGCUGUGACAAGUAUACUUUUGCAUGAGAGUGUACCUCCAGUACCGGCGGGGCAAUUCUCAGGUUCACUAGACAAGGUUCCAGUGAUAGGCGAGCUGAAACAUGCAACACAGUUGGAGUCUGAUGAGGAGGAGUCUACUACGAAAAUCAAAGAUGACUACUCAACCACUGAGCAACUAUUGACAGAGAGAAUCGAUGUGCAAACUGCGAGUGAGGAGAGUGAGAACGAUUCCACAACUGUAACUACGGGGGAAAAUAUUUCCACCACAACUGAACAACUCAAAACUACGGAUGAGAGUUACACAGAGGAGGGCAUGAUUGGUAAUUCUAGUGAAAGCAACACAGAUGCAGUGUUCAGGGAGGGGGUUACAGAACAAGAAACAACAGAAACGACUACUGUAGUUUCGACUGAAGGUACUCAAUCUACUACAACAAAUUUUGAAACUACUACGAACGCUGGUAAAACUGAUGUAACAGUUACUACAGAGUCUACAACCACUGUAGAAUUGAUGGAGAAGAAAACAGCUGACUAUGAGUUGGAGUCCUCGGGGGGACAGAGCACUCAGAUCAAGGAAAGCAAACUGAGCCCUGAGGUGAACACUACCGACGAGAUGGCCAUGAAUGGUACUGAUGAUAAUGUUAAUGGUAGUGUAGCUAUGGUGAAGAUCAGUGACAGCUACCAACAGGAGUUGAAGAGUGCUGUGGUACAGAAGGGUAAUGAGACACACAAGUAUCAAUCGCUGAAUUUCGUGGGAAAUUCUACCAAGAACCAGAAUAAGGAUGUGUUUAAGAAUGAGGGGGAGUUGGGGGAUAAGGGAACAACAGGGGAGGGGAUCAAUAAUACGGUGGAAAACGAGAAGGAGAAAGUUGCUGGAGUGAAUCCAAAUCAGGGCAACCAAGGUUCCAACAACAAUAAACCAGUGGAGCUGCACCCCGCACCGCACGAGAGUAUGGGACUAGAGGAGAGCACAUCGAUGCUUGGAGAUGAUGUCCGCCGUUUCGCAGACUUGUGCAACGAGUUGGCGUUCAGGAUGUGGACGUCGAUCACCGGCAAAGGUUCGAUCUCGGCUCGCAGCCUGGUGCUGUCUCCGUUCGCUGUGACGUCACUACUGGCCAUGGUGUUCCUGGGUGCUCGAGGCCCCACCUCGGGGCAGAUGAACGAUGUGCUGAGGCUGGACGAGAUGGUCACUUUCAACCCCCACCAGGUGCUGCAGAAUGUCACCGAUUCCGUGCUCAAUGCUAAGAACUAUGGGGUAGCGACUGCUGCAUUUGUGAGGCAACUUUACAGUGAUAAGGGCAAAGGGAAGAUCCUGGACUUCUACAAGGAACGAGCACAGCAGUACUACGACGGUCACAUAGAGGAGGUCGGGUUCAACGUGAUUGGGGACAUUCUGCGGCGGCGCACCAAUCUGCUCAUCAAACGCCAAACACUGGGCAGAGUUCCUGAAUACCUCAGAGGAUCCAGCUUGAGUCUUAGACCACCGCUGGCUGCCUUUUCGGCUAAUAUAUUCCAGACUGACUGCCAGCACGCGUCGACCGAGGGUCGCGACGGCGAGAUGUACUUUGUGGUGCGACCGUCGACGCGCCAGCGCCGCCUAGUUCCGGUUCCAGCCGCCGUCUGGCGAUCGAACUUCCUGGCCGGAUACGAGCCCGGCCUGGACGCCACCGCCGUCUGUCUCGGUGCCGACUCGGUCGUUGGGACGCUCUUCAUUCUGCCCGGGCAACAGGGACAGGUAGCGCCAGGCGACGGCCUCGCCCGCCUAGAGCAGCGCCUGAUCGAGACCUCCUACCGACGCGGCGGCUGGUCGCGCCUGCUGCGAAGCCUCCUGGUGCGUCCGGGGCUCGAACUGCAGAUCCCCCGCUUCUCACACCGGUCCGUGCUCAACGUGACGGGCGCCCUGCGGCGGAUGGGUCUCAAGGACCUCUUCGACGCCGGUCGCGCAGACCUCAAGGGUCUCAACGGCCUCUCCAACGACCUGCACCUCUCCGACAUGGUGCAGAUCAACACGUUCAGCACAUGUGGUGAGGAGACGAUCGGCGCCCGACAUCACACCGAAACCUACCCCAUCUCCCCGCAACGAGUCGGGAGGAAGGAACAUAGACUAUUCGGCGACGACAGUCAAUAUUUAUCUGAUGACUACUCACAUUUGCCGCUAGCGUUGAGGCCCCGCCAGGCACGGAUCCCCACCGAUAAUCCACGGUUGAGAUUUGACCGGCCGUUCCUCUAUGUUGUUCGACACAAUCCAACCGGCAUGAUCCUACAUAUGGGACGGUUCAAUCCACGGCUGCUACCCUGAACAGACAAUUUCAAAAAAAAAUUAUUCAAGAAAUACCCUAAUGAGAAAGUUUUAAAAGAGAUAUUAGAAAAAAAACACACGACAUUGAAGAUUAUUUGGAAUGGAAAAAGUGACCUUAAAAAGUAAUGGGUAUUAAUAGUUGUAGCACCGGAAAGGUGUUUGAACAGAAAAAGAGUCAUUUAGCAAUAUUAUCUAUUAGUAUUUAUACUAUCCAUUAUUGAAAAAAUUAGAAGUGGUUGAAAUAAUCAUAUGCCUUUCCAAGACUAAAAAUAGUGGCAUCAUUUAGCCGACAGACUAGAUACUGGCAUCAUUGAGAAGUAGUUGAAAUUAUCAUAUGCCUUUUCAAGACUAAAUACCGGCAUCAUUUCAACGAUUUUGGACAGCAAAUAUGACUUUUAACAUCAUUUGUGGGUAUUUUUCGUUGGGGAAGUAAAAUACAACUUUAAAAUUGGAAAUUGAAUGCUUUUGGACACGAUAAGGGUCAAAGAUUAUUAUUUUGUCCUAUAUUACUUUGUGAGUAUCUUCGUCAAAUACAGUGAAAUAUCACUGGAAACGAUUGAGGAUCAGAAAUCUAAUUUCAACAUUAUGAUUCAUGACUUGGAAGAUGAUUGGAUCAGGAAUGAGAUCUGAAAAAUGUCUAUGUUAUCACUAGUUUUUUAUAUGAUUCUUUAAAAUACAAAAGUGUUCUAAACGUUGUUAGUGGUUCCUGCUUUUGAACUUACGAUGUAUUAUGAACCAAUUGAAUCAUAGAUGUUUCCAAAAUCUAGUUGAUCAUCUAGUUUUUGAACCAGUUUCAUAAUUCAUCAAAUCGUGUAAUAUUUUAACCGUUGAUCAUAACCUUCUCAUCUACGAUCAAUGCUUGAAAUAAUACGGACUGUAUGUUUGAAACAAUCGAAUUGAGUGUUAUGUAAAUGAUUUAUGAAAAAGGAAAGAGAUAUCAGUAUUAUAAGGACUUUUCGUUUUCUUGUGAACAAUUUUAUUGAGGUAAUCCAAAAAUCAUGACAACUAUCGUAGAAAAUAUUGUGGUCUUUCAAAUUUGACAAAAAAAAAACUAUUUGAAUAGUUAAAGAUAACUAUUUGAUCCAUGACAACUAUAGGAUAUGAUUUUUGUUGGGGAUUAUUUGGAAAUGGUCUCAACUCCUAUAUUGCCCAGCUGUUUUUUUUUUUCAAUUUAUCACUCUUGUAAAGAUUUUGUAAAUUAUGACUUGAUUUUCAAAAAUCUUCAUCUAAUAUUAGAAAUGGGAUAAUUUCAAGAUGUUAUGGAUAAUGUUAAGUACAGAGCAGAUACAAUCUGCAUCCCAAGAUCGUACAGUAUUAUAGUAUUCUUCAAAUGAGUAGUAGAAUUACUAAGUGUGAUAAGUUUAAACUUGAAGUAGAAUUAUUUUAGAUGAUACUUGCAGAGAUUUAACUACUAAAUCCUAUCCUAUGCACACUGCCAACUCUCAUAGCUUUAUUCUACUAUUUAAAAUGUUAUUACUGUAUUUAAUGCUUUAUCUUAUAUUUUUCUGAGUGUAAAAACGCAAUAUAUUUUUAAAAAUAAAUUCAUAUUCUGUUUAUAUGGUCAGUACUGCAUGUAAAACAAUAGACUGUAAAAUUCAAGAUUGAAACUUUUUAUUUAUAAAUCAUAUUAUUGAAGCAAUAAUCAAUAUAUCAAUUUACUCAUCGUACAGAUUUGAACUCAAUUCAAGACUAAAACAGAAAAUCCAAGCAUAGAUUCAGAAAAAAA